UAUCUUGUGAUUAUGUCCUGUGACUUCGUUUUUGGGUCAAAGAGGAAAAAAUUGCUGAAAUAGAGAAUUACUCCCCAAGUAUAUUGUCAAGGAUCUAGGACACAAUGCCAAGACUCCUUCCAACCCUCUGUCUCAUUGCCGUUGCAUGCCUUGCUAUCAUCGACAUCACAACAGCUGCAGGUCCCUAUCAGCCGAACUGGGAGUCACUCGAUAAACGCCCCCUCCCUGCGUGGUAUGACGAUGUCAAAUUUGGCAUCUUCAUUCACUGGGGUGUAUUCUCCGUACCGAGUUUUGGCAGCGAGUGGUUUUGGUGGUAUUGGAAAGGGGUGAAGAGUAAGGCUGAAGUGGAAUUCAUGGAGAAGAACUAUCCCCCAGGCUUCAGCUAUGCGGACUUUGCCCCAAUGUUCAGAGCAGAGUUCUACAAUCCAGACCAGUGGGCCGAUAUACUUGCUGCUUCUGGAGCUAAAUAUAUAGUCCUAACAAGCAAACAUCAUGAGGGCUUCACCAACUGGGGAUCGAAGGUUUCGUGGAACUGGAACUCGGUUGACAAUGGACCACAUCGUGAUCUUGUGGGUGACCUGGCGGCUUCUAUUCGGAAGAAGACGGACAUACAUUUUGGUUUGUACCAUUCCCUCUUUGAGUGGUUCAACCCUGUUUACCUGGCUGACCAGAGUGCCAAGUUUAAAACCCAGGACUUCGUGAGGACCAAGUGCAUGCCCGAGCUCAUUGAAAUAGUGAAUGCGUUUAAACCGGAGGUGAUCUGGUCAGAUGGUGAUUGGGGGGCCCCGGACACCUACUGGAACAGCACAGAGUUCUUGGCUUGGUUGUACAAUGAAAGUCCCGUGAAAGAUACUGUUGUGACAAAUGACAGAUGGGGUCAGGGUGUGAUGUGCCAUCACGGAGGCUACUAUACUUGUUCAGACAGAUACAACCCCGGUGUGCUUCAAAAACACAAGUGGGAAAAUUGUAUGACCAUCGACCGUGGGUCUUGGGGAUACAGGCGGAAUGCUAAGCUAUCAGACUAUCUUACCAUGGAUGACCUUACUAAAGAACUUGUCGAGACAGUGAGUUGUGGUGGAAAUCUUCUCAUGAACAUUGGGCCAACCCAUGAUGGUAGGAUUGUGCCGAUCUUCGAGGAGCGCCUGAGAGGAAUGGGUGAUUGGCUGAAAGUGAAUGGUGAUGCAAUAUAUGGGACUAAGCCGUGGACCCAUCAAAACGAUACUCUUACUCCCGGCGUCUGGUUCACUCAGAAGAAAUCCUCAAACAGCUCGAACGCCUAUGCAAUCUUCCUUGACUGGCCCAAGAACAACACCCUAAAUCUUGCCGUCCCCACAGCUACCCCAACAACGACAGUCAGCCUGCUUGGUUACAAGGGCCAGCCCAUUAAAUGGCAGAAGAGGUCUCCCAACGGAAUUGUGGUCAAGUUCCCUUACAUUCCGGUCAGCCAGAUGCCUUGCGAGUGGGCCUGGACACUUAAACUUACCAACCUUGCUUCGUCUGAUACUACUCUGUACUUCAACAAAAAUUAGAAUGUCUCUGUAUAAAUAAAAGUAGGGUAUUUUUGUAAAAUUGGGCUCAAAAUAUUUGAAAAUGUUAACAUUCCACAAUUGAAAAUAUGUUGUCUGUUGGUUUUGAUAAUUUGAUGAAUCUUUACUUCUCUGAGUCAUGAUACUGUAGGAACUAUUGCUUGCAUGCUACAUGUAUUUCUUUAACAGCAACAUUGAACCAAACUCAUCUGGAUCAAUUCUGAUUGAUCCAAAUUUUUCUGCCAAGUAUAUAACAUGCACGAAUGUGAUCUGGUCUAAUCUGGGAGAAAAAGUGUACUGUCUCUGGAGUAGGAUCAAUCUGGACUGAUCAAGACCAAGGUCAAUUUGGGUGUGGUCUUGUUUUCCAUUUGAUGGAGCCCUUAACGUCAGCUACAAUGUACAACAUGACAUCACGUUUUGAUGGUUCGUCCCGUCUGGAAGUGCCCCUUUAACCCUUCAAUAGUACUCCAUCGUUUUAAUGGUUUUUCCAUCUAUUCCUUCAGAAAAAUGCCUAAAAAUGAGCAAUUUCAACAUGAAAUGUUUAGUAUUAUUCGUCAGUAACCGGAUAACUCAAUGACUGAAAAGAAGUUCGACUCCGAAGAUCAGCUCAAGUAGAACAAUGUUUAGAUUCAGCACUGUGACGUCAGAUGUCACCCCUAAAUCGCAGACAUCCACAGGCGUUUGAAGGGAAAAGCUGCAGGCGUCCAUGGUCGUGGGAGGGCUGAAGGGUUGAAGGAUAUAAUGUGUUCUUUUUCUCCCAGUAGAUUGCAGGGCAACAGUAUAACUCAUCACUUGCUUCUGCCUGCCUGGGCUUUAGUGCAUAACCAUGACUUUUUGCAUAUUUCACUUCGGGGGAAUUGUCAACAUUUGGGGAAGUUUCAACUUUCAGUUCUGUCUGGAAAAUUAGUUAUCGAAGGUCUUUUAAAACUACUUUUAGCAUUCCCAAGUAUUCGGAAUUUCUGCUUUUGAAACUGAAAUUCCUACUUGUGCGUGAGGUGAUGUUAUUGGAAAACCUGCUGAAUGAGUUGUGCUGGUGCCGACUACAAUUGCUCCUCUUCAGCUGGCUAAUUCUCAAAUGCAUCAAAUCAGCUGAUUUAAGCCAUUUUCAGGCAUCAAUCAAUGUUGAUUGAAUUUACCAACCUUUUGUUUUCCAAUCAUGCUGUUGUAGGUGUUGCAACUUAGGUCUUCUUCGUACGGCAGAGGUUCGAUUAAUUGAACAAUGUUUUUUAAAUGGAAAUAACCAUGCAUCUGGUAAUGUUGAAACCACGCAUUGAUUUCAAACUGAGCUAUUAUUGUGGUGUACAACUGCGAGCUAUUUGGUCUACCAUAGAAGAUGCCUGUCACAGACCAGCUCCAACGCCAUCUAACGUUAAAUUUCUUGGGACUAUUGAUUUGGAGUAGUUCCAAUUAUCUGGAACCUUUAUGUUUUUGUUUAACAUUCCAGCAUGGUCUGUCACAUUCAAAAGAUACUUGGACUAUUAAAAUGUGUGAAGGAAGUGUGCGAAAGAGAGAUUAUUAAAUCAUGAACAAACUAUCGCUAUUAGAAUGAAUUUAACAAAAUAAUAUAUUCUUGAUAGCAUGUGCAUUUAUUUCUGUGUAUAAUGGGAAAGGUGUAUAUUAGGUAUUAAGUGCGUAGAUACUUAACUCUUUCAGUGCCCAAGGACGUACAUGUACGUCCUAAAUAUUAAGGUAUUUUAGUUCCUCCAGACGACACCAGAUGUCCCCAGCUACUCAAAUGUGGUUCAUAUGGUUUCUCUGGCCUGGGGCGUCCAAAUUGAAUAAUUAUUUCGACUGAGAGGGUGGGGUGGGGUUCGCCACCCCUCAUUUUAGGUGAAAAAUGGUGAAAAUCGGCCAAAAAUACCACUCCCUCAAAAAAAUUUAGAACAUAAUCCUAGUAUGCCCCUACUUAUUACUGCUGUUUUAUUGAACAGGAGGUAAAGACAAAGGUUUUGAAGAAUUUUGAUGAGUGUAUCUCAAUUAUUUUUGUGAGAUUUUGGGUAGUGACAAUGCCAAAAUGCCCAAAUCCUGGGCACUGAAAGAGUUAAAUUAUAGAACUUUUUACGUUUCUGACAAUCUCUCUGUUUAAGGCCUACGCCGUACAUUAAAAAUUUUGAAGUUGUAAUUGAAUUUUGAAAUGUCCAAUUGCGGAAAUACAUACUGUACUAAAUUUCAAUUAACUAUACUACGGCAUUGUGUAUUCAUGAAUUUCUAUUCAACUGGACCACAAGUAUUACGAACGGCGUACCCCUUUAAACAGUGAAAAAAGUAGCAAUUUCUUUUUUAUGGAAGACUUAAAGAUUGCUCCGAGUGAAAGAGUUCAAGUAAAAGACUUGAAAGAUUCAUUGCUUCAAGUGAAAGACCUGAAGGAGCAUUGCUUUGAGUGAAAGACUUGAAGGAUUUGCUGCUUCAAGUGAAAGACUAGGAGAAUGCAUUUCUUUAAGUAAAAGACCUGAAGGAUGCAUUGCUUUGAGUAAAAAGACUUGAAGGGUGCAUUUCUUUAAGCGGAAGACUUUCAGGAUGCUUCGGGUGACAGACUUGAAGCAUUCUACAAGUAAAAUAUUUGAAAGAUGCUUCGAUUGAAGGACUUUAUGGAGGCUUGGUGACACCUUCGAGUAACCAACCUUGGUUACUCUAAGGUAUAAACACCUCUGUGCAUCAAUUAAGACACAAAUCUUCUUGUUCUUACUCAAUUAUAUUGCGCCUGUCAAUGUACGUCUUGUAAGUCCCAUCAUGGGUAAGAUUCUCUAAUGACAGGACUGAAAUGUUAUGAUGUAAGGCUAUGACAUCAGAUAUGACAGACAAAAUGAACAUCGGAGACCAAGUCGUCAAAACCAUUCUGUAAUGCAAGAACAAGAUUUCGCUACUUGACUUCAACAUUUUCGUAGUGACGUUGUGUCAGUAGCUUUAGAAGGGGAGUGCAAGAUGUGCAUUGAAACUUGCAUGAUUGAUUGAUUUACUUCGAGUGGGACAGAAAGAACUGCACAAUUAAGCAAAUUGUUUGUCGUCAAAUGCUUAAAAGAUAAAGGCAUGGUAUUGUGCAGUAAUUUCUGAUACUGUUCAGCAUUGGUGGCAUAAAUGUAUGGCUCCCUUUUCCCAUAGCAGAAUUGAUUGCAGAUGAUUAACAAUAAAUAUUUAUAGACGAA